GUUGAGUGUGAUGGGGAGAGAUGGGUCUCAAUCAAUCCAAAACAAGGAAAUCCUCAUGCGAGUAAUGGCGAUUCUUCCAGCAAACUCGCUUUACUUCUGCUAACGCCAACCAGCUUGUUAAUUCUUCUCAUACUUGACCCGUGGAACCAGCAUAGCCAUGUCAUCCCGAGUGUUGCUACGGCAACAGCUGAUGCGGGAGCAGGCGCAGGAACAGGAGAGAAGGGAGGCACAGCAGCAGGCGUCUGUCGCUCAGCUCCGCCCAACAGAUUCCACUCCCGCCAUCUCCGUCACGAUGCCACCCAUGGCUGCCCGCCCUCCUCCAGCUCAAGUACCGGUGGAGGUUCUGAAGGUGCAAACCCAUCUUGAAAACCCAACUAAAUACCACAUCCAGCAGGCUCAGAGGCAGCAAGUGAAGCAGUACCUGUCCACCACGUUAGGCAAUAAAGUUGCCACACAAACUCUUGGUGUAUCCCCCGUUCCGCAGUCAAGCUCUGCUCCAGAGAGGGUCCCUUCUGCAAGCAGUGCUCCCAAUAGCCCAAUGGCACAUCUUAACCUGGGCUCCAACAAAGAAGAGAUGGAUGAUGUAAUCGACGACAUCAUCAGCCUUGAGUCCAGCUUCAAUGAUGACAUCAUGUCCCUGAUAGAUUCUGGCCUACAACUCCCGAACACGCUACCAGGCACCCUUCUGGAUGUCUACAGCAGUCCUGGCAUGACGACCCCCACCAUCACCGUCAGCAAUUCCUGUCCAGCAGAACUGCCCAACAUCAAAAGGGAAUUUUCUGACACAGAUACCAGAGCCCUCAUGAAGGAGAGGCAGAAAAAAGAUAAUCACAAUCUCAUUGAAAGGCGGAGAAGAUUUAACAUAAAUGACAGAAUAAAGGAAUUAGGGGCUCUGAUACCCAAAUCCAGUGAUCCGGAGAUGCGUUGGAACAAGGGAACCAUUUUGAAGGCUUCUGUUGAUUAUAUAAGAAAACUUCAGAAAGAGCAACAGAGGGCCAAAGAGAUUGAGAUGAGGCAGAAGAAACUGGAACAAUCCAACCAGGCCCUUCUGCUCCGCAUACAGGAAUUAGAGAUGCAAGCUCGUCACCAUGGCCUCAACACUGCUGUCUCUCCAGGCCUGGGCACAGACGCUUCCUUCCUUCAGCAACAGAUACUACAAGCAAACCAGUCCAUGCAGUCCGGCCCUGGGGAAUGCCAACCUCCGAGUCACCUCAACAUGGAUGCUGCCAUGGCACAGACUUCCCCCUCUCCCUUCCUCACAAUACCUCCCUCCGUCUCCCCGGCUGCUGCGGCAGUAACCGGCCCUCUCGAUCUGGAUACGUUUAGCUUUGCGGAGCUGGACGACUCUACGGCCUCUGAUCUUUACUCUGAAGUGGGUCUUAGUGACAUUCUUAUGGAUGACGGCUGCACGAUGCCCACCAUCAGGUCUUCAGAUGUGCUCUUUUCCCCGAUGUCCCCCGGAGCUCCCAAGACCAGCAACGAGAGUAGUGUGAACAUGGAGGAUGACUUGUGACCGAACUGACCACUAUAUAUAUGUUUCUGUGCUUUUCCUCAUGUGGGACGCCAUGGAAUGUAUUUAAAAAUUCUGUCAUUUAGUCCAAACCUGUAUGAUUGGGUUUUUUUUUUUUUUUUUUUUUUUUUCUUCUGUAGAACAUAAAAAAAGAUAUUUUGAGAAAUGUCUAGAGCUGCAUGAUAAUUAUGAAGUACACGUAAAAAGAUCACAAUCUCAGUUCAAACACCCAAACAAUCUUAUUCCUAAAUGACAACAAUUCGACUGUCUAUUAAACUUUUGAAAAGUUUGAUCACAGUGGAACAUUCAGAUCUGCGUUGGUGCUGCCGCUGAGCCAGAGAGAGCAGUUGUCAUGUAUAGGUAUGAAACAGUUUUUUUUUAAUCCACACAGUAUCAUUCAAAUUAUCACAGAAGUGCUGGGAUUAAAGUUUAUAGUUCGGAUAUAAACACUGAUGUCCACAGUAGUGAUCCAGUGCUUCAAAUAAAGAUUGUAUCAAUUACAUCGAUACACCAGUAGGUGGUGACAAGUAAAGGCCUUUGCACACUGAGUCCGAAAUUCGCGUCGAAAAUGUUCGCACGUUAAAAAAUAAAUACGACCUCACAUUGUGUCAAUCACGUUUACACACUGCCUCCGAAAGUCCGUCAUAAAAAAAUUCGGAUCAGGUUGGAUUUUCUGCGUUUUUCGCAUUCGUGCCACACAUUUUGAGAGACGUUUUGACCAUUCAGAGCCACCGUACGCGAACGCCAAAAUCCCCAAUGCCAUCUGACAAGUUGAUCCACGUCGUCUACAGCACUAAGCAGUAGCACUGUAUAACAAACAAAGUGCGGAAAGAGACAGAAUAUAAAGAUAGAGUGUGACAUCCUGAAGUAAACUUUGAAACGCUCGGGAUAAUCACGCAGCUCCUUGAUGAGGUGGAACUCUCCUUCCUCUCUCUCUCUAUGCAAUCUCAGGAUUGGAUGUACCCAAUAUUUCCUCUUUCUUUUUGUCUUUUUAAGAAGAGAGAGGACAACUAAAUCAUGCUCGCUGCUUGAAGACUUCAUUUUGUAUUAUUUUGCGAAUUUUUUCGCAACGGAUUCAUUAAUACGCAUCGGACUCAGUGUGCAAGGUCUCUGUGCGUGACAAAUUUUUAGGAUCACGAAUAUGAAAAAACGCAUACGAAAAUUUCGGACUCAAGUGUGCAAAGGCCUUAACUGUUAAAAAAAUAUUAGUAAUUGAAUCAUUCAUUCAAAAGACUCUUUUCAAAAACACUGAUUCAUCCAGUAAUGAAACAAGUGAAGUCUUUAUGAGCGAGUCACUGAAUCAUUCAUCCAACCCCUCUUUUUUAAAAUAAUUCAUUCAAAUUAAUUAAACAUUUUUUAAAUUAACCACAGCAAUUAACAUUUUGUCAGAACCUCUAGUAAAUUACAUGUUAUUUUGUCUAGUUGUCUGUUUUUAUUUUAAACAAAAAAUCUAUUUAUCCAGAAUCAUGCAGCUCUAGUUUGUGUUGAAAUCAGGGGUCACUUUGUUAACUUUCUUCAAAAUACCUUCUUUUGUGUUGUGCAGAAAUUAUGGAUUUUUCAUUCUUGGUGGACUAUCCCUUUAAAGAACGCUCUGUGGUGGUGUUCUCUUUGAUUCAAGGCAGUUAGUUAAAAAAAAUUAACUGUAGUAUUACAGCGUUUCACAGGCAGUCAGUGAUUGCUACACUCCCAAAUGUUUAUCCCAAAUCUGAAACGCACCCAAAACGUUUAGCCUUUUUGUAGCUAAAAUGUAGGACGUUUUAGCCUUUCUAAGCCUUCCUUUAGCCUUCCGUAGGGUAAAUCAUGUGACAUUUAUUAAAGUGUUAGAUGUGUUAUUAGACUCUGCAUUCAGAGCAUGCAAGUGCACAUAUAUAUAUGUUUUUGAAGUGUGGAGUGAGUAGUCACUUUAUAGUCACUUACCGUACCAAAGGGAUGUUUCGGAGUUGUUUAAUUGCAAGAAUUCAUUAUUUAUAUUGUUAUGAUGAAAAUGUUCAAGCAAUAUUUACUGCGUAUAUCAGAAAAGUCUAUUUUUUAACACUUAGCUGGCUUUACUUUCAGCAGCCAAGUACUUGCAUAUUUACUACUAACUGGUUUGAAAUUUCUACAUUUUACUUGUUUGUUUACAACACUUCCUUUUAAGCUUAGUUAAUUUGACCUUUUUCAAUGUUACAUUGUUAAACAAAUGUGAGACGGUGCUGGUGCUCGUGAUUUUUUUUUUUUUUUUUUUUGGUAACACUUUAGAAUAAGAGGUUCCAUUUGUUAACAUAAGUUAAUUCAUUAGUUAACUAUGAAAACUGCUUCUAAAGCUACUUCAUUUAUUAAUCUUGGUAUAUGUGUAAUUAACAUUAACUAAUACAUUAUUAAAGUCAAAAGUUGUAUCUGUUAAUAUAUUAUUUGAUGGACCUGAGCUGACAUGAACUAAAAAUAUUUUCUAUUAAUGGUAACAAAGAUUAAUAAAUACAGUAACAUAUAUAUUGCUUAUUGUAGUUAAUGCAUUAACUAAAGGGACCUUAUUCUAAAGUGUUACUAAGUAAAAUUCAAAUUGUCAAAAAAUGAAUUGGCAUUACUUAAUACAUCAGGUAUCAUGAAAAACAAUAUCAAACAAUUUCUAGUUAUAAUAGAACUUCAUUUCUACAUAUACUAAUGCAUUUUAAAAUAAUACAUUUUAAAUGUUUAAGCUGUAUAAAUAUUAACGUAUUUUGAACAAAUAUGACUUAAUGUAUGGUAGUAUAAUUUAAUAUUUAACCUAAAUUAAUAGAUGUUGUAAAAAUUGUUGUUCAUUGUUCGUUCUUGAUACCUAACGCAUUAACUAAUGUUAAUGAAUUAUGUGCAAAGUGUUACAGAUUUUUGGGAUGUGUAUAAGGAAGCAAGCCACAUAAACAUCAUGCACAAACAGCUUUUCAGGUGUAAAACUUCACAAGCUACCUCUGCCUAAAGUGCUUUUUUUAAGCAAUAGAUCUAAAUCAGCAUUUUGUUAGAUGCAGCUAAAUACACACUUACCUGCGAAUGUAAAUGUUCUGUAGGUGUGCUGGGAAACAUGACAUUGAGCGUACUGCCGGUCAAAGCCAAAUGAACUUUCAUCUCUGAUCAGACUGUGCCUUUAGCUUCAAGGAACAAAAGUCAUUUGUUUGGUUUGUAAAUAUAGAGAAAUGAAUACAAAUGAGUCUCCAGUUGUUUAAAAGAUGUUCUCUGUGAGUUCUGCAGCAAUUCAAAUGAAUGUAUAAUAUAUAAAACUAUAUGAUUUAAAGCUAAAAGCAUAGACUUGUAAAAUAUAUUUCAAAACUUGAAUGUUGUGAUAUAUUAUGCAAUUUCCCUAUCAGUUUUUCCUGUGCCAAAGGCACAGAAUAGGUUUAAGUUUAAAAUGAUUAAAUUACGUGAAGUCAUAAAGCAAUAAAAAUGUUUAUUGUCUCAUGUGCUUACAGUACAGUCCUUAGAAAUAGGCAGUGGUGUGAGUCUAAAGACAUAUUUUUACUCAUUAAAACUGAAUUGCCAGUUAUUCUUCA